GGGGGGCGCCGAGGGGGCUGUGGUUAGAAGGAGCAGUAGCAGCAACAGCAGGAGAAGAUGCUGAGGAUGCGGACCGCGGGAUGGGCGCGCGGCUGGUGCUUGGGCUGUUGCCUCCUCCUGCCGCUCUCGCUCAGCCUGGCGGCCGCCAAGCAGCUCCUCCGGUACCGGCUGGCGGAGGAGGGCCCCGCCGACGUCCGCAUCGGCAACGUGGCUUCAGACCUGGGCAUCGUGACCGGAUCGGGUGAGGUGACUUUCAGCCUGGAGUCCGGCUCCGAGUACCUGAAGAUCGACAACCUCACGGGCGAGCUGAGCACGAGCGAGAGGCGCAUCGACCGCGAGAAGCUGCCCCAGUGUCAGAUGAUCUUCGACGAGAACGAGUGCUUCCUGGACUUCGAGGUGUCGGUGAUCGGGCCCUCGCAGAGCUGGGUAGACCUGUUUGAGGGUCGGGUCAUCGUGCUCGACAUCAACGACAACACGCCCACCUUCCCGUCGCCCGUGCUCACGCUCACGGUGGAGGAGAACCGGCCGGUGGGCACACUCUACCUGCUGCCCACCGCCACUGACCGCGACUUUGGCCGCAACGGCAUCGAGCGCUACGAGCUGCUUCAGGAGCCCGGAGGCGGCGGCAGCGGCGGCGAGAGCCGGCGCGCCGGGGCGGCCGACAGCGCCCCCUAUCCCGGGGGCGGCGGGAACGGCGCGAGCGGCGGCGGCUCUGGAGGCUCCAAGCGGCGGCUGGACGCAUCAGAGGGCGGCGGCGGCACCAACCCCGGCGGCCGCAGCAGCGUGUUCGAGCUGCAGGUGGCGGACACCCCGGAUGGCGAGAAGCAGCCGCAGCUGAUCGUGAAGGGGGCGCUGGACCGCGAGCAGCGCGACUCCUACGAGCUGACCCUGCGGGUGCGCGACGGCGGCGACCCGCCUCGCUCCUCGCAGGCCAUCCUACGGGUCCUCAUCACCGACGUGAACGACAACAGCCCCCGCUUCGAGAAGAGCGUGUACGAGGCCGACUUAGCUGAGAACAGCGCCCCGGGGACCCCCAUCCUGCAACUGCGCGCAGCUGACUUGGACGUGGGGGUCAAUGGGCAGAUCGAGUACGUGUUCGGGGCGGCCACCGAGUCGGUGAGGCCACUGCUGCGCCUUGACGAGACGUCCGGCUGGCUCAGCGUCCUGCACCGGAUCGACCGCGAGGAGGUGAACCAGCUGCGCUUCACGGUCAUGGCCCGCGACCGUGGGCAGCCCCCCAAGACCGACAAGGCCACCGUGGUCCUUAACAUCAAAGAUGAGAAUGACAAUGUGCCAUCCAUUGAAAUCCGCAAGAUUGGGCGCAUCCCCCUCAAGGACGGGGUGGCCAACGUGGCCGAGGACGUUCUGGUCGACACCCCCAUCGCUCUGGUGCAGGUGUCCGACCGAGACCAAGGCGAGAACGGGGUGGUCACCUGCACUGUGGUGGGCGACGUGCCCUUCCAGCUCAAGCCAGCCAGCGACACCGAGGGCGACCAGAACAAGAAAAAGUACUUUUUGCACACCUCGACCCCUCUGGACUAUGAGACCACCCGGGAGUUCAAUGUGGUCAUCGUGGCAGUGGACUCAGGCAGCCCCAGCCUCUCGAGCAACAACUCCCUGAUUGUGAAGGUGGGAGACACGAACGACAACCCGCCUGUGUUCGGCCAGUCGGUGGUGGAGGUUUACUUCCCUGAGAACAACAUCCCGGGCGAGAGGGUGGCCACAGUGCUGGCGACAGACGCAGACAGCGGAAAGAACGCUGAGAUCGCCUACUCGCUGGACUCCUCUGUGAUGGGGAUCUUUGCCAUCGAUCCCGAUUCUGGGGACAUCCUGGUCAAUACGGUGCUGGACCGCGAGCAGACUGACAGGUAUGAGUUUAAAGUGAACGCCAAAGACAAAGGCAUCCCCGUGCUGCAGGGCAGCACUACAGUGAUUGUGCAGGUGGCUGAUAAGAAUGACAAUGACCCUAAGUUUAUGCAGGACGUCUUCACCUUUUAUGUGAAAGAAAACUUGCAGCCCAACAGCCCUGUGGGGAUGGUCACCGUGAUGGAUGCUGACAAGGGGCGGAAUGCAGAGAUGAGUCUGUACAUAGAGGAGAACAAUAACAUUUUUUCUAUUGAAAAUGACACGGGGACAAUUUACUCCACAAUGUCUUUUGACCGGGAACAUCAGACCACAUACACUUUCAGAGUCAAGGCUGUGGAUGGGGGAGAUCCUCCCAGGUCUGCCACAGCUACAGUCUCGCUUUUUGUGAUGGAUGAAAAUGACAAUGCUCCCACAGUUACCCUUCCCAAAAACAUUUCCUACACUUUACUGCCACCUUCGAGUAAUGUCAGGACAGUAGUAGCUACAGUGUUGGCAACAGACAGUGACGAUGGCAUCAAUGCAGACCUGAACUACAGCAUUGUGGGAGGGAAUCCCUUCAAGCUGUUUGAAAUUGAUCCCACUAGUGGUGUGGUUUCCUUAGUGGGAAAACUCACCCAAAAGCAUUAUGGCUUGCACAGGUUGGUGGUGCAAGUGAAUGACAGUGGGCAGCCUUCCCAGUCCACCACGACUCUGGUGCAUGUGUUUGUCAAUGAAAGUGUUUCUAAUGCAACUGUGAUUGACUCCCAGAUAGCUAGAAGUUUGCACACCCCACUCACCCAGGAUAUAGCUGGCGACCCAAGCUAUGAAAUUAGCAAACAGAGACUCAGUAUUGUCAUUGGUGUGGUUGCUGGCAUUAUGACGGUGAUUCUAAUCAUCUUAAUUGUAGUGAUGGCAAGGUACUGCAGGUCCAAAACUAAAAAUGGCUAUGAAGCUGGCAAAAAAGAUCACGAAGACUUUUUUACACCCCAACAGCAUGACAAAUCUAAAAAGCCUAAAAAGGACAAGAAAAACAAAAAAUCUAAGCAGCCUCUCUACAGCAGCAUUGUCACUGUAGAGGCUUCUAAACCAAAUGGACAGAGGUAUGAUAGUGUCAAUGAGAAGCUGUCAGAUAGCCCAAGCAUGGGGCGAUACAGAUCUGUUAAUGGUGGGCCUGGCAGUCCUGACCUGGCAAGGCAUUACAAAUCUAGUUCCCCAUUGCCUACUGUUCAGCUUCAUCCCCAGUCACCAACUGCAGGAAAAAAGCACCAGGCCGUACAAGAUCUACCACCAGCUAACACAUUUGUGGGAGCAGGAGACAACAUUUCAAUUGGAUCAGAUCACUGCUCUGAGUACAGCUGUCAAACCAAUAACAAGUACAGCAAACAGCCAUUUCGUAGAGUGACGUUUUCUGUUGUGAGUCAGCCUCAGGACCCACAUCAGGGGUCACUGCAGAGUUGCUAUGACAGCGGGCUGGAGGAGUCAGAAACACCAAGCAGUAAGAGUUCUUCAGGGCCAAGACUGGGUGCCCUUCCACUCCCAGAGGACAACUAUGAAAGGACCACGCCGGAUGGCAGUGUUGGUGAGGCAGAGCAUAUGGAAAAUGGUGUUGCUGCCAUCACUACCUUUCCCUUCCUCCCCUUUCCUCAUGGCAAGACGCAUGGAAGAAGAGUGCUGUUAAGGCCUCUCCAUUAAUCAACAGGUAUGGUGGUUGUCAUGAAAGAGUGUAGCUGCCCCUCUUCUGCAUUCUCCAUUAAUAGUCUGUCUCUUACAUUUACAAGAUGUACUCAUCCACUACACAGAGCCUUCCAUAUGGAAAAAUUGUUCAACUUGAGUUUGUAUAUUUCACCAUGUAAUGCAUUACCUAAAUCCCUACACAGUGGUAGAUUUUUCUAAAUGUAUAGAGUUUAGAAGAAUUAAUGAUAUUAUUCUUAGGGAAAGUUGCUAUGCAGUUUCCUAAACAAAAUGUAUAUAAAAGAAAUGGACCUUGUAUGUAUGAAUAUGCCACUUUCAACAUUCUACAAAUAAUCGUUACAUAACAUAUCUUUGAAAGUAUAAAACAGGAAUAUUUCUGUGAAUUUUACUUCAAAAUUUAAUAGCAUUUGCAUCUUCAAAAGCAUUGCACAAAAUUUUAUGCACAUAAUUAUAAUACUCAUCAGGUUAUAGAAAAUUAGGUAUAAGCUAGUUCAAAUAAAUCUAAAUACCCUACAAAGCUAUGCCAUUCAGAUGUGAAAGUUGAAUGCAUGCUAAUUACUUUCUGCAACUUUCUUUUGUCAACUCAGCUGGUGGCAUUUGAGGGAGACAGAGGGGACUGUUUGUUCAGUCCAAGAUAUCCUUCAUUCAGGGUGCUGUAUUUUGAAAGGAGUUAGGCCCUCAGGGCUCAAACUCCAGCAGAGUCAUAACCUAUAAAACAUGAACACUCAGUCAUCACCAGGAAGCACCUGCCUUCUUGAUUUCUUUUUUAACUAGUGAAACGAGUCCUCCCAGCUCCUGCAGGGGCUUGUUUUGAUGUAUCAGGCUUUGCAUUACAGUCUUGUGACUCUCUCAGGUUCUUUGAGACACAUGACUAAAAUGCUACCUUUGGGCUAGGAAGAUUCUUGGCAGAUGAUUUGGAAAAAUAGUGUGUCUAUGGGUGUGCAUGUGUACAGCAGCAUUAUUUGUAGUAUUCUUUAAAACUGUAGCAUAAUUAAGACUUGUCUGUAUACACAAACAAAGCAAACCAUUUCAAUUUACAUGCAUGUUCACCGAACGUUAAAAGAUCAUAUUCCAUUUUUUCCACUGUAUUUGAAUGCAUUGGAAUACUGGAGAAAUUGAAAAGCGAAUGGAUGUUAGUCUGGACCAUUAAUCUUCAUUUAGAAAUGUAUGACUUUCUGUUAGAUAAAGCUCUGAUCAUUAAGUAUCUUUCAUGAUCUCACUUCUACUCACAUUUCUUGCCUUUAUAUUAUGUUUUAACCUUGAGUGCACACUGCGCUUUGUGCUCUGCAUCUUUCCCAGAGGGUGCAAUCUUUCAUGUCCACAGGACUUAACACGGUUAGGUCUCUCCAUCUGGAAGGCACUUGACUCGUGGCUGUUUGGAAAAUUCACACACAAAAAAUAAUAACAGCAACCAUGUACUGAGGAUUUAUUGUAUGUGGGCACAAUGUUAAUGAGUUUCACUUCCAUUUUCUUAAUUCAUCCACACAAAGAAACAAUGAGUUAGAAAUUAUUAUUCAUUUUAUGUAAUAGGCAAGAAAACUGAGAGGUGGCAAAGUCGAGAGGGGCCAAGAUCACUCAGGAUUGACUCAAGUGGGACAUGCCUUAUACAACUUCUCCUCAUUUCUCCCCAGGAAAGCAGUACUCUCGUUCAUGCUCAACUCUUGAGUUACUAGAGGGCAAUGACUCCACCUUAUCUUUUAUGAGCUCUUCGAUGUCCACAGUACGUGUUACUCACUAAAUGUUGAUUAAAUGAAUGAAUGUUUACAAAACAGCCUUUUUUCUUCUUCUCCUGAACAUGGGCCCUUCCCCUCACCCAUACUUCUCUCUAUUCUGUUUUUAUUCCCUACUUAGCUUGUUGUUCUCGGCCAUUAUUAGCUUCAUAGGUUACUCAAUAUAUUUUCUAUAAGAAAUAAUUCACAUUUUCCCGCAGAUUUAGGACCUGUAACUAUAAACUGAAUCAAUAUAAAAUAAUUGCAUCCCCAGAAAAAGAAAUUGAUAAUUCAAAUCCUGUAACAUUUAUCAAAUCUAAUGGCAAGAAAGGAAGCGCAGAAACACUUAUAACUCACACAGAAAGAAGAAAAUUUAACCAAAGUUUUUUAAAGAUUUGAGGAAAGGAAAUUAUGAAAAGUAUACAUGAGAUUAUAGGAAAAUAAAGGGGCUAGGCUUGAAUGGGAAAACAGUUGUAUCAGUUUACCACAAAAGGAAAACAGUGGAUAAGUAAAAAAACAGAUAGGGAAAGAGGCCAAAUUAAGGAGAAAAGAAAAAAAAUCUUUGAGAAAAAAGAAGCAAAACAAUUUUGGAAAAGUGAAUUAAAGAGGUAAUGAAGGAAACAUGUCAUUAAAAACCACAGACACUGAAAGGACUUUAAAAGAAUAUGAAAUAAAAUUGGGAGGGAAAAAAAUCAAUGCAGGUAGAGAAAAAGAAGUUUAUUUAUGUGUUUGUGUUUCCUUAUUCUUAGAAAACCCUUUGAUGUAAAAUGACUAGAAAGAAAAAGUGUAAGUUAAGAUGCAUUGAUUUGUGCACACAGUAUGUUUUUAGGACUUUUUCUGUGACAACAGUUUUUUUGAGACCAAGAUACGGGUUUAAGCAUUAAUUUGGAGCUAUGCAUUUAGAACUAAAAUAGUUGUGCCUAGAGAAUACGGUUGAGACAGGGCUUGCUGGGAAAUUAGGAUUCAAGUCCAAAUAUUCCUCUCCACCACGUUCUCUACCAAGAUACUCAUAACACUAAUUAAUCUGUUAGUUUUACACAUAAAAAUAUCAUCUUACAUCUAUUUUUCUUUAUGUAGAGUGCCUGAAGCGUAGAAUAAAUGUUUGCUGAAUUAGUCAUGAAAUGUUAAGAGUGGGUAGAGAUUAAUGGUCAACAAAUCCUGUCUUAGAUUGUGCAUGCAUGCAUCCCUUAACACCAUUUAUAAGACUUGCUUAUCUCCACUUGAAUAAUUCUAGGGACACAAAGUCUAGAGGUUGCUCCUAUUUUAGGACAUCUUUAAUUUUCCAGCUUUUUCUAGCAUCCUGUAACUUGAUUCCAGUUAUCCCAGUUUUCCCAUUUGGAAGCACAAAAUAAUUUCUAUUUUUUAAAAAAAUGAAAAAAUAGACAGACACUAUGUCAUAAUGUCUAGAUAUCUAAUGUCUCUCUAUUUUCUUUUUUGGUUUAUAGCCCCAGUCUUUCUAAUUUUUCUAUGUUACUUGAUUGCAACUCUUUUUAGUAUUCUGGUUAUUUUCAUUUUCUCAUUUGGUGAAAAAUGGUCUUGCCUAAAACAAGAAAUUCAGCAUGUGCUUCCACAGUUUAUGUUGUUAUAUUUAGUCAGCUUGAAGAAACUAGCAAUUUCAUUUGAACACCUUCAAAGAAAAAAAAAAAAGAGGUACAGUUUAAAGCUGUAUAUGGCUUUGACAUUAAUUUGUUAAAGGUAUGGUUUGUACAGGAUACAGUAUAUAAAUAAAAUAAACACGAGUAUAUAUAAAACAAUUAAUUUUAAAAAUAGCAUUUGAAGAAAGAUUUUCAGUCUUUACUUUUCACUUUGUAAUUUAAUACAUAUUUCAGUUUGUGUUGGGUGCCUGAGGUGAAUCUUUGUCUAAGAAGUCCAUUCAUCAUUCUAACAAAUUUCACACUACAAAAUAUAAUGUCCUUAAGUGGAUAAUAACAUCAGUGGCAGUAAAAGACAAGCAAAACAAAACAAAACAAAAAUUAUUUUUCAUUGCAAAUAAUUGACUUGAUUGACUGAUAAUAUGGUCUCACAUAUAACAAUGUAUUGUUACAUGGAGGACAAAAUAUGAUUAAAAGAUGUGUAAAGCAAGAGCUGUCAGAUCUGUGCUUUCCCUAAUAGAAUUUAUUGCAAAGUAAAUUCUUCAUUUAUGGGAACUCUUACAAAUGCCAAAUUGCUGUCAAUAUCCCUUGGUGCGGCCUAUUUAUGAGUAGAUUAUGGCACACUCUGCAAGGGCCUGCACAUCUGAUUUUCAGUGAGUGUCUAUGCAGAAUAUAUGGCCUUUUCCAGAACUAGGAAAUUUAAUUAAUUUUCUAGCAGAGAACACUUUUUAUGCCACAUCCCUUUUUGCUGACCCUACCCAAGACUUCCAUUUUCAAAUGUGCUUCAUAUAUUAUGAACCUACAUAAUCUUAAUGAAAGUCUUCCAUAUGGUAAUUAUAUUGUUUGACUUUGUACAGUAUUCUCAAGAGCUCCAGUGCUGACAUAAAUUUUUCUCUAUGGUACUGAACGUUUCUUUGUACAUUGCAUGAAUAUAUGCACCUCCCUCUGCUUUUUGACAUUCAGUUCCCAAAGCAAUACCCUUUAGGUAUUUGAUUAUCUAUAUGAUUCUUAGGCCAUAUUCUUAAAACAACAGGAAACCUAUGUCUGCUUUGCUAUCACUGCUAUUGAAGGGGUAUGCCAUGUGCAACAUGACCAUUUAGAUACUUUUUACUCUGUCUUUUAGUAUCAUAAAAAGAUGGGAGUGAAAAGCAGGACCUAGGGAUUAAUCACUUAACCUCUCAAGACCUCAUUAAUAUCAUUAAAACGAGGGAUUUGGACUAACUCAUUUUUAAAGUGAAUUCCAACUUUCUACAGAAUAUGGAAGACUAGGAAUUUUAUAAAUUGAGAUUCUGUUCUAGGUUUGCCAAGAAACUAUAUUUAACUUCCCUGGAGCAUGGUUUCCUCAGCUGCAAAAUAAGGAGACUGAGCUAAAUCACGGAUGUAAUCUUUAGUGAUAACAUGUGUUGACUUAUUUUUCUUUCUGAAGCUAUCUCUUGAGAAGGAUUCUGAGAGGUUACUUUGACUGAGUGGCAUGGAGUGCUGUGAUCAUGUGAUCCAUUACCUCUAUGUCACAAACUUGCAUCAUAAAUUCUGAGAAUGUUUCUCAUUCAAAAAGAAAAAUUUUGAUGAUUAUUGUAAUUUUUAAAUUUCUAUGUUUGUUCUUGUUUGAGGUAUAUACAGAUGAUUCUUGUGCUUAAAAAUAUGUGAAUCCAGGAAACUGUUUGGUGCUCUUAAGGAAGACAGGUUGAGGAGGGGACAGCCACUCUAGAUAUGUGAAAUACUUUAACUCAGAAGAGAGAUGAGGGAUUCAACUCAUAGUUUGUGAUUCCUAGCAGCAGACUGAAAGCCAGUUGGAUAACAUGAGGAAAAAUCUGACUCCCCAUAAGGAUAAAAUGUAUUACUAUAGAAAAUGCUCAAUAAAGGUUAAUACAUAGAAUAGUCUACGUUGUGAAAUCUGCAUCAUUAAAGAUGUUAAAAUUUAGAUUACUUGACAGUUUCUCAAGGCCACUAUUUUUAUUUUAUUUAUUUAUUUAUU